GAUAGAGAUAGAGAUGCUCUAGGCUAAAUUUAUUGACAUGGCGUUUACUAUCCUGGUUCUGUUCAAGGCAAUAUCGGAGUAAUGGGGUGGUGAUCGUCCAAUAGCCGUGAGCAAUGAAAUGAAGAGGCAAGAGAAUAUAUCACAAAGGAUAUCCUUUUUCUCAAACAUAUGCAUGAAUGACGACAUAUCUGUGACUGUGAUCCUUUUUAUCAAAACAUAUAUCAGCAUAUUCUUCCCGAAAAAAAAAAAAAAAAACAAACAUAUAUCAGCAGCAUAUAUAUAUAUAUAUAUGUCAGUUAUGCUUACUUUUUAUCACGUUAAUAAUUACUGACCAUUAGAUGAACCACCAAUCAAAGCCCUACUCCCACUCGAUCUGGAGCACAUUGACUGAUAGAUGGCAUAUGACAUAUUAAGCUAGCUAAUACCCAAUAACUCAAGUGCAGGCAGAUAUUGACUAGUUUCCUUCUUCUUUGGAAACAAUAAUGGUGAGUCGAGAAUCGAGAUGGAUGAACUCUUUCUCUCCAAGAGUACAGGAUUUGAAGCAGAAUCUAGCAGACCAUCACCACGAAGAGAAUUCCCUCCGGGUUACCUUGAUUUCAUCACAAACGAUGCAAUUAUCCCUAUCAUCACAACACCAAAGUCUUCAGCUUCCUUUGUAAACCUUAUAGGCAACUUGAGCAAGAAUAGAAAGGGAACACUCACCCGCAGGUCACACUCAGCUCCAUCAGUAUUCACUGACAUCAAACAAGAGGCCUUUUCGGAUGACUUGGAUCAGAGAGCACCUCCUAAAUCAACUCCUUGGAUUGUACGGCAAGCAUUCGUCGUUGUGAUCUUAUACAUAAUUGCAGGUAUUGUAUUUUACUUGACUAGUGGAAGCUUCAAAGGUACUACCACAUUCAAGCCAGUGGAUGCCGCCUACUUCAGUGUGGUCACACUCUGCACUAUUGGCUACGGAGACAUUGUUCCAGACACAACAUUCACCAAGCUCUUUACUUGUGCUUUUAUCUUGGUGGGUUUCGGAUUCAUUGAUAUCUUGCUUAAUGGGUUGGUCACAUACAUUUGUGAUAGGCAAGAGGCUGUUCUGUUGAGUACUGUCGAUGAGAAUCGAUUCAACACAAUGAUGCAAACAUAUAUGAUCGAUAAAGCAAAAGGAAGGAUGAGGAUUAGAAUGAAAGUGGGUUUAGCAUUGGCAGUUGUCAUUGGCUGCAUUGCUGUAGGUACGGUAAUGGUGCAUUUCCUGGAGGAUUUAAAUUGGGUUGAUAGCUUUUACCUUUCUGUUACUUCUGUGACAACUGUAGGUUAUGGGGAUUAUGCUUUCACAACAUUAACAGGGAGAUGUUUUGCCAUUAUAUGGCUAUUAGUUAGCACUCUGGCUGUGGCCAGGGCCUUUCUAUACUUAGCUGAGCUUAGGAGCGACAGGCGGAAUCGCAGGAUCGCACAAUGGGUUCUUCAGAAGAAAAUGACUCUGGGGGAUUUGGUAGCUGCAGACCUUGAUAAUGAUGGAUGCAUCAGUAAAUCUGAAUUCGUUAUAUUCAAGCUCAGGGAGAUGGGAAAGAUAGCAGAGAAAGAUAUCUUGGAGAUAUGCAAGCAAUUUGAUUCAAUAGACAACAGCAAUCAUGGUAAAAUCACUCUUGCUGAUCUUAUGGGAAGUGCUUGACUUGCAUGAGGCUUCCCGGUGUUGGCUCAGAAAUGACUUCAACUCGAAUUUGUCUAAAACAAAAAUUGAUUCUGCAUUUUCUUCUAAAUAUAGAAGAAGGCAGAUGGACUCUAAUUUUUAUCACUAUUGGAGAGGACAUAUGAUUUCAUUACCAUUGUUUAUUUCACACCCAAAGUCAACAAAUUUGCAUAUAAAGUUGCCAAAGCUUCUCUGGAAAUAU